CAUCCUAAACCGGAACUUCGGCCAUUAUUGUUUGGCUGAGAGAAAACAACAGAAGAAUAAUGCAAGAAAUGAAGUCGUUAAUGUUAACGUGUGGCAGUUUUGUGUUAACUGCAACAGUUGUUGGAAAUGCUUUUUAUCAGAAGCAACAGUUCUACCCUUCAGUUGUGUACAUAACAAAGUCAAAUCCCAGUAUGGCGGUUCUGUACUUACAAGCAUUUGUUUUCGUAAUAUUGAUGGGAAAACUGUUCCGUAAAAUUUUCUUUGGACAGCUUAGAGCAGCGGAGAUGGAGCACCUGAUAGAGAGGUCAUGGUAUGCAGUGACAGAGACUUGCCUAGCAUUUACAGUGUUUCGUGAUGACUUUAGUCCGAAAUUUGUAGCUUCCUUCACACUCCUGUUGUUCCUGAAAUGUUUUCAUUGGUUGGCAGAAGACAGGGUGGACUUCAUGGAAAGAAGUCCUGUCAUUUCCUUCUUGUUUCAUGUAAGAGUUAUCAGUCUGUUGACAUUUCUGUCAGUGAUUGACGCCUAUUUUGUCAACUUUGCGUACCACAGUACCCUCACAAAAGGAGCAUCUGUACAGUUAGUGUUUGGUUUUGAGUAUGCUAUAUUGAUGACAAUUGUGAUGAUGGCUGUAAUGAAGUAUGUACUCCAUUCCAUAGAUCUACAGAGUGAAAAUCCCUGGGAAAACAAGGCAGUUUAUCUCCUCUACUCAGAACUUGUUCUUGGGUUUAUAAAGGUGAUAUUGUACAUGAUGUUCACUAUUAUCAUGAUCAAGAUCCACACAUUCCCAUUGUUUGCCAUCAGACCCAUGUAUCUCUCUGUCAGGGGCUUCAAGAAAUCCUUGCAUGAUGUGAUCAUGUCUAGAAGGGCUAUCAGACAGAUGAACACAUUAUACCCAGAUGUGACUACAGAAGAGCUGCAGUCUGGUGACAAUGUGUGUAUCAUUUGUCGUGAAGACAUGGUUAUGGCCUGUAAGAAGUUGCCGUGUAACCACAUUUUCCACACAAGUUGUCUACGGUCCUGGUUCCAACGUCAGCAGACAUGUCCUACAUGUAGAAUGGAGGUGUUACGAAUGCACCCAACACGCCCAACACCCCCACCCCAGCAGCCACCCUACCCACAGCAGCAACCUCCACAGCCACCAUUUCAGAAUAUGUUUGGUGCAGGAUUUCCCCAGAUGGCCCCAAUGUGGCCCCCACAGAUCCCUCAACAACAGGCACAGCAGGCACAAGGUACUACCGCCCCACAAACACCUACAGCACCAGCAGCCUCUGCACCAUCAUCCCCACCACCACAAACGCCACCAUCAGGUAUACCACCCAUGCCAGGGGCAAUGCCGGGAACCAUGCCAGGCACAUUGCCUGGAGCAAUGCCCUGGGCCAUGCCGGGGGCAGUGCCCGGAGCCAUGCCAGGGUCAAUGCCUGGAGCCAUGCCAAACAUGCCAUCAUUCAUGCCAAUGUUUCCUAUGUUUAUGCCAAAUAAUUUCCCUCGUCCGCCCUCGAAUCUGUCCGGAUUGUCUGUGGAGGAGUUGAGAUCUAUGGAGGGUACAGAGAGGGAGAAUAUUGAAGCCCGGAUACAGUGGUUACGUGAUAUUCAAGCUUUACUAGACGGUGCAAUGUUACUUAUGCAGCAAUAUAACACAGUGGCAGCUAAUUCUAGUACAUCAGGAAUAAAUUUAUCACAGCCAACACAGACUGGCACUCAGCCACCUGUGUUUACAUCACCUGGUGAAGAGACUGGUGCCAGACCUAAAUAUAGUACACCUAGAAAACAUACACAAAAUAUAGAUAAUAUACAGUCUGAACAAAAUACAGAUGCAACAGAAGGAGCUGGUGCUAUGGGAUUUACUCCAGAAAUCGAGGAAGAAAUACCUAAAUGGGAGGAUCCUCGAAAAGAAGAACAUACAGAUGAAAUGGACGAAGUUCGUAGACGUAGAUUAGAAAAAUUCUUAGACUCAAAAAAUUCCGAAAAUAAUUUGACUCAAGCAGAGGAAAAGAGUGAAUCAUAGAUCUAGAUACUUUAAGUCCUUGUCAAGAAUGUGAUAUGAUGCCUUAACAUAUACGUGUUAUAUAGUGUUGUAUUGGAAAUACUAGAAACAAAUGGCACUCUUAAGAAAUUGUUGCUUUGUGAUGUGUUUCAUAUAUGAAUAGAAUAUUCAUUGACAGAGUAAACGCCAGGUACAUGGUACUUUACACAACAGGAAAUUUUAGAUGUUUAAAGUGAUUUUUUUGUUGUGUAGUUGGAAAGUUCAAAACAGCGUAAGUUUGAGGACAUCCAGUGGAUGGGGUCAUUCUAUAUGGAGCAUUUACGCAAUAAAGAGUUGUUCAAUAUUUGCUAAACAGAUUUACAAAUGAAUCUUAUUGUUUAAUAAUUACUACCAGAUCACUUACUUUAUGUUAUUAUAGUUGAAAAGCAUAAUUAAUAUUAAUUAAAAUUACGAUAUGAUUUUGCAUAUAUUUUGAAUGGCUAAUACCCAGCACAUUAAGUCUGGUGUACACUAUGCUGAAUGUAAAAAAAGAUGGUGAUAGUAAUUAUAUUGAGUUGUGUUUCAGAUCUUGUAGUAAUUGUUCAAGAUAAUUUGCUUUUCUCUAAUUUUAUUUACCUUUUAGAUAUUUCCUUCAUUACUAUAAUGACACUAGCCAUGUGGUGUAGUUUUUCCUAAAUAUUUAAACACAGAUGCUGGGAGUCCUGGCAUUUUGUAUCCACUAUCUGCAUGGGAGACAUGUCUUUCAAUAUGGAAUAAUAGUAAAAGCAUUAAUAUUAAUAUUGAGACAAUCUCAACAUUAGAACAUUAGUUUUAAAACUGUUUUAGAAUGUAUCCUCAAGAAUCCUGACUGAUGUUGCAAAGGAAACAGUUAUAUUUUGUUGUGACAUGGUUCAGAUUUUGUGUUCAUUGUUCCUGAAUUCCACAGCCCUGCUUUAAGGUACUCAGUAAUGUAUUGGAAACUUGCAGGUUAAACUGAUAAAUUAUUGUCAUUAGAACAACAGUUACUGCAUAUGUAAAAGUUUAUCACAAGAAAUUUGCUUCAUCAGCCAUGUAUCAAAGAUUGAAUAAAUAGUUUAUAUGGAAUUGGAUAUUCAGCAUUGUAUGUAUUUGAUGUUAUAUUUUGUUUUGAAUCUUUGUUUUAGUUUUUUUUGGAGAUGGUGCUUUAAAAGACCAUAAAACUUAAUAAAAAUCUGUAAAUUUGC